GCUGAAUCCGCGCUUAAAUGACGAACUCUUUUUAUACUCAUUGGCUGAAAGACUGUGAGGGGCAAGGCUCGUCAGAACUGAAAUCUCAAAACCAAAAAAUAUAUAAUCAAAUAAUAUAGCUAAUAAUGUGUUUAGGUGUGUGAAACUGAAAGUGGAAAAAUACUAAGAUUGUUGGGUGAAACCAACUUCUCCUAAAAAAUAAGGUGACCGGAAAGAGGGCUUCAAGGACUCCGGAAAUGUGCAGGAUAUCUGUGUAUGCCGCUGAAUUUGAAAGUUCACUCUGUCCUAUCCUGUUAUGGAAAAUAUUUUUUAUUCUUAAAAUGUGGUGUAUUCCAAUGUAUUUUCCUAAUAUAAUUCGUGGCAUGUGAUCACUACACAGUUGCGUUAGCUUUUUAUGUAGACAUUCGUCUAGCCAGCCGUACCAGUUGUUUAUUUUGUAGUUCGAACACCGGGCGCUAAACUGUUCUUUCGGCACGAUCUGUGAGAGUGGAUAUCCAGAUCCAGGGAUGGGUGUGCACGACCUGUGGUCCAUUCUUGGACCGGUUUGUGAGUCUGUGCCGUUGUACAGCCUCGCUGGAAAGACCCUGGCCGUGGAUCUAAGCUUGUGGGUAUGUGAGGCACAACACGUCCAAGGAAUGAUGGGGAAGGUCACCAAGCCACACCUUAGGAACCUUUUUUUCAGAGUCUCGUCUCUCACGCUAAUGGGAGUAAAGCUUGUGUUUGUCAUGGAAGGAGAGGCUCCAAAACUUAAAGCAGAGACAAUGAGGAAAAGGACGGAUAUGAGAUUCGGGGGGUUCAAAAAGGCCAUUCCUAAAACCACCACCACUAAAACAACCACUACUAAAGGAACCACUAGGGGGCGCUUUAAUGCUGUGCUCAGAGAGUGUGCGGAGAUGCUUGACUGUCUGGGGGUUCCCUGGGUCACAGCAGCAGGGGAGGCUGAGGCCAUGUGUGCCUACCUGGACUCCCAGGGCCUGGUGGACGGCUGCAUCACCAACGACGGAGACGCCUUCCUCUACGGAGCUCAGACUGUCUACAGAAACUUCAACAUGAACACCAAGGAUCCUCAGGUUGACUGCUACAAGAUGCCCCGGGUCCAGUUAGAGCUGCACCUGGAAAGGGAAACUCUAGUUGGCCUGGCCAUCCUUCUGGGCUGUGAUUACAUUCCUAAGGGUAUACCAGGUGUUGGUAAAGAAUUGGCGCUGAAGCUUAUCAAGACAUGCAAAGGACAAACUCUUUUACAAAAAUUCCAUCAGUGGAGGGAGGAGGGUGUGGGUGUUUCAGGAGAGGGCAGAAAGAAGCGCCCUCACUGCCUGGUGUGCCGCCAUCCCGGGUCGGCUAAGGCCCAUGAACGUGCUGGCUGUGUAUUGUGUGACAGUAAACACUUCUGUGAGCCCAAGGACUACGAUUACCAGUGCCCCUGUGACUGGCACCGCUAUGAGCCGACUUACCAAACCUCUUCAGUUGAGGCCAGUAUCAGGAAGAAAACUCUGGCCAGUGAUCAAUUCCCUUUCACAGAGAUCGUCAAUGAAUUUCUGAUUGAUAAAGACAAGCCUGUGCACCAUUUCAAAAGGAGAAAACCAAAUAUGUUGUUGAUGCAGAACUUUGCACAUGAUCAAAUGGAGUGGCCGAAGCACUACACAAGUGCAAAGGUUUUGGUCUUGAUGACAUACAGUGAGCUGAUGAACAGAAGACAUGGGAGAGAGACAUCGCCACAGAUUCAACCACUACAAAUAUGGAAACCACGAGUUAGAAACGCGGUGGCCUGCUUCGAAGUGAUCUGGAGGAAACCAGAUCACUAUGUGUUUCCUGAGGAGCACGCUGCAGCGAGCCGGGAGGAGGUGAGGACGGUGGAGGAAGAGGCUCUGUUCCGUGUGGCCUACCCAGAGGUGGUGGAGCUCUACCUGGCAGAGAAGGCCCUGGCGGAGAACAAGAAGACCAAGAAGAACAAACCGAAGAGCAAAAAAGAGGAACCAGCCGAUGCGUGUGAUGGAGUUUCUGACCUCCUGAGCCAGAUGUCUUUGCAUGGCUCUACCACUGAAAGAAACCCCCAACAGCCUAACCGUGAGCCCAAUCCAUCUACCGCGAGUCACCUCAGACCAGAGAGAGUUCCUCUCCUGUCCUCAGAGCAGUGUGUGAGCCCAGAGGACGAGGCCCCUCCAGAAUCUUCUACCAAGCUUUUGAGAACGAAGGUGGUAUCACCUCCCUCUCUGACCUCCUCUUGGAAAGGUCCGGAAAUGGCAACAUCUCCGUCCAUCUCAACAGUGAUGGACGCACUGCACCUAAGCGACAUCGACUGGGAGGCUAUGUCUUUCACUUCCUCGCCGACCCAACCUGUGACCAGCACUCACAUUGCAGGUCCCAAGCCUGUCAGAACCUCGCAGGACAAUGUCGAGCAAAGGGAAAGGAAAACAACACAGGCUUCCUCAUCUGAUCUCAGACCAGCUGAAUCGACAUCCUCAGAGCCGUGUGAGUCAGACUUUUCCCUUAGAGACAGGGUUCUUAAGAGGAAUACAUUCCAAUCUGUGAAGAUCAUUGAGCCGCACCAUGAUCAUGUCACAAAGCAUGUGAACACUGUGUCAAAGCCCAUAAAUCCUCUCUAUUCUCAUAACCAGGGUACCAAGUCAACUGUACUGAUUCCUAAUAAAGACCUGAUUGAUCGCAAGCCAGUAGGGAAGCCCCCGAAUAGCAACAAACUAGCUCCAUUGGUUGAUAAGGACCAGAAUGGGAAGUAUGAGCUCAACUCUGUAUCCUCAAACCAAAAGCUCUCAAAAAGCACCCACAGAUCCUCAGCACAACAAGUACAAAGAUCUAAAGACGAUGGGUCUGGUAAAUGCAAACCUCAACACAGGUAUACAUUUGUAAAGGCAGCCAUUUCGUCAUCCUCUGUCCCACCACUGCGAAGCCACUCUGAGCCCGGUGAGGGAGACAAAAACAGCAAACCACACCAUGCUACCAAGAAGAGCGUGUGCACCAGUGUGUGUUCAUCCAGCGAGGACAGCGACGUGGAGAACCGCCAGCCAGAAACCCAGAGGAGGGCUACAGACAAGCCCAGGUGCCUCAACCUCACUGACUACCCGCUGAAGCCCGUCUCCGUACCCAGCAUCACCAAGGUAGCCUCGGAAACCAUACCUGCCAGCGUGGUUGGGCAGGUGCGACGUAGUUGUGUUCCUUCCGAGGUGAAAUACCAGCUUGUGCCACUGAAACCAUCUACCAUUGUUGAUGAUGACGUGUUCAUUCAAAUCCCUAGUUCACCAGGGACCAUUUCCGAUGACGAUGACUCGGUGGUUUGUGCUGAGAGCCCACUGCCACUGGCUGAGCGGCUCAGGCUGAAAUUCUUGAAGUAAAUGUUGUAGUGUUGUAGGUGAUUUAAAUGGAGGGACCCAUUCUUUGGUUGUAUAUGUUGUACUCAAGUGGAGAGGAACAUUUUUUUAUUCGUGCAGUAAUAAAAUAUAAAAAGUAUUUUGAGAUGUAUAUGAUUUGGCAGAAUUAUUAAACACCCUUUACCAGUAUCUAUAUUUUCUGCAUAUUUCGAAAUAUUGGCCUACUUUGUCAUUGCUUCAUCCAAGUGCAUGCAAAAGGCACUAAAGCAAAUGAUUGCUAGGUCGAUAUUGCAUCCAUUUUCUUGCCUUGGUUGAUCAAUUAUACAACUUCCUGUAGAGCUAUUUAUUCUUGUCUUAUUUGAGAAGUAAACGUCCUUAUAAAUACAUAAACAAUCACUUGGUAAAAAAAAUCAUUUCACAGAUAUAGACUGGGGCGCAGAGGUUCUCGUCGUCACUGGCUCCCCAACAGUUGAGGUUUUAUGACCCACCCUGUGCUGGUUCUUUUGAUCAGUAGUGACUCGUUGCACACCUUUCCAGACAUGAAAGGCCUGUCAGGUUAGUGCGUCUCACGGAGUCUCGGUGACAGCUGCAUCCUCCUUGCUCGUGUGCGUAAUGACAUCCUCCGUAAGAACAUCCGGCAAACCAAUCUGUAGGCUUAUAAUUUGCUAUAAAAUACCGGAAAGACGACAUAUAAACUUUCAAAUAUAUUAUUUGUGCAUGUUGUUAGCCGUUACUUGAUGUGCGUAAUGGUUUUUACGCGCCCGCGCACUGCGAACUGUGAAUUCCACUUCAUUACAGGGAUUUUCUUCCAUCAGACUAUUGGGGUUAUUUGUCUUUCAGCAUACGUUAUCUUUUUUGUUGUAUGUUCCUUAAAUUGUCUCUGCAUGCCAGACGAAAAACAUGCACGCUGCUC